CCUGACGUUGAAUGGGAACCUAUCCAUUAUCUGCAUUGUAAGGUGGGACCAUCAACUACAAACUCCCAUGUAUAUCCUGCUGGCCAAUUUUUCCUUCCUGGAGAUCUGCUUUAUAACUUCAACUACCCCCAAUAUGCUAGCCAACUUUGUCUCUGCAACCAACGCCAUUUCCUUCUCUGGCUGCUUCCUCCAGUUCUACUUCUUCUUCUCCAUGGGCACGACUGAGACCUUCUUCUUGUCCGUCAUGGCCUUGGACAGGUACCUUGCCAUCUGCAGGCCCCUGCACUACCCCUCCAUAAUAACAGUUCGACGCUGCAUCAGAAUGGGAGCCUGCUGCUGGGCGUGUGGCUUCUUAUACUUCCUCUUGCCUGUUUACCUAAUCUCUCAGCUCCCAUUUUGUUGUCCCAAUAAAAUCGAUCACUUUCUGUGUGACCCAGGACCCCUUAUGAAGCUGUCCUGUGUGCCAUCUCCUGCCACUGAGGUCAUCUGUGCCAUGUUUAACUCUGUCCUCAUGUUCUCCACCUUCCUCUUCAUUAUUAGCUCCUAUGCCCUGGUGAUCAGAGCUGUGCUGAGGGUCCCCUCAGCAGAAGGCCGGCAUAAGGCUUUCUCCACAUGUGGCUCCCACCUGGCUGUGGUAUCCCUCUUCUACGGUUCCGUCAUGAUUGUAUAUGUGAGCCCAACAACAGGCAACCCAGCUGGGAUCCAGAAAAUUGUGACUUUAUUUUAUUCUGUGUUGACUCCUCUUUUCAACCCCUUGAUCUACAGUCUCCGGAAUAAGGAGAUGAAGGAGGCACUGAGAAAAUUAUUCAGAGGUGUGAGAUUUAACCAGAGGCAUGGAAGAAAUGUUUGAAGAACUUGUGAUCGAAACUGAACUAAUGCAUGGAAAAUAAACGAUUAAAAGAUUGGUAUUAACUAAAUGAGCAAGAUAUCUUUUUGAAAGGAGGAGGAAGAUAGCUAUGUAUAAUAAAAUGUUUAUAAAGGUAACUGUAAGAUCCAUUUUUCUGUCCAUUUUUAUCACCAGAGGAAAUUUUAUAUUAAUAGUAUUUUGAAAAUUAAAAAAGGAAAGAAAAAUGAUCAUUCAUCUUCCUGGCAUUCAGAGUUAACAUCAGUUAAUAUUUUUCUGUCCCUGUGUACACACGCGUGCAUAUAUACAUACAGUUUUCCCUAGGUAUCCCCAAGGGAUUGGUUCCAGGACCCCCUUGAAUAUCAAAAUCCCUAGAUGCUCAAGUCCCUUAUGUAAAUGGCGUAGUAUUGGCAUAUAACUUACU